UAUCUGAUCAGCUAUCGGCAUAUUACACAUCCUUCAGGCGGUCAAUAAAGUGGUACCGAAAAGUAGCAUUUGAACUGGUUUUGGGGGUGGCGUUAGUAAAUAGUUAUUUGAUAUAUAAGGAAACUUACGCUACCAGCAAAGUGACCAUUCUACAGUUUCGCGAAAGUCUUAUCCGAUCUUUAUUACUUGGCAUGCCAUUCGAGAAGCUCGCGAUGUCCGACGACGCUGUGCUGGCUGUUAUGAGAAAAUUAGAAAACAAGAAUCAAGAGAAGCAAGCGCGAUGGCACUACAUCUCAACUUUCUUGUAUUGUAUAAGAUAGAAAAUUGAAUUCUACACAAAAUGAGACUAAACUAAACUGUAAGUCUUUGAUCGUUUUUUGCAUAGAACGAUUUUACUCACGCAGUAUCAAAAUUGCUGGUCAAAAGUGUAUCUAAAUUUUUAAAUUAAAAAAAUUGUAGUUCUCCGAAGACAAUUUAUUUUUUUCUUUUAAAUGUCAGGUUUGUACCGCAGAAUUUAAGGAUGUUUUCCUGCAAGUGGGCUAUUGCGGCGAGCUUUUUUCAUGGAGCUAUAGUAUUUUUACCAACCAUGAUGUUUUUGAAAAAUCAAGAAUUUUUCGACCAUUGUUUGUACUCUCCUUCAUUCCACAACGUACCGCUGACAGGUAUAUAUGCACAAUAAUCUCGCCCAUCUAAUGGGGAAAAGCAGUUUUCAAAAUAGUGGAAGGUUAUUGAAAAAAUAAUUUUUUAUUGCACAGAUAUCGCAUAGGUACCUAUCGAUCAAACUUUGUAGUUUUCACAUGAACCAUAGAGAUGUGAGCCUUUAGAAGUAUAUCGAAAUAUGCGCCUUCUAAUACUCUAUAAUUAUCGUUUUGAUUAAAUCAUAUUUUGAAAACCGACGGUAUCCUUUGACCCUUCCAACGGAAAAGUAAUUAACUCUUAGGUACAUGGAAACAUGUAGCAAUGAUGCUCAACAUUUUGUACCAUUACUUUUGCACCCUACGCUAUAUUUCACAGUAGUAUAUUUGCGUAGUGUAAUAAAACAAGGAACACUUUUUGACAUAAAAUUUCGAUGUGUAGUUUAAAUGGACGAGAAAGUGUGUUACUACGAAGAGAAAAAACACGCUGUGCUUUUUGUGAUGUAUGGAAAGGACGUCUUGUUUAAAUCGUACACUCAGCCAAAACCCGUUAAGACUGCAUGAAGCGAAGAAUAAAACCGUUAUAGACAACCGAGGUGAUUUUACCAAUUUCAGAAAAGCUUUCAACCUUUUAAGAAUCUCGAUAAUAUUUAAAUCUACGACAGCGUCUUAUUCUGAAACAAAUCCUAUCAAGUUCUAGAGCACAAUGUUCUUACACAAAACUCAGCAAAGAGCCGUCAAGUAUCAAGAAAAAAAUUCUGUAAGUUCAGCAGAUUUCAAGUUUCUGCAAGGUUUGAAACGCUUAGCUAUACACAAAAAUCAUGAAGAAAAGUAGAUUUUUGCGGGCGCCACAAAAAGUUUAUUGGUCCCCUAAAAAAUUUUCCCGGGCCCAUCCAUUGAUUCUGACCGUGAGACAUACGAUAAUAAAAAUCUUUUGGCUCUAAAAUAAAAUUUAAUUUUUUCUGUUUUAGGUUGAUUUUUUACCUCAAAAUGUACAACAGCUACAACCAAUGCCACUAUUCCUUCUUCCGAUUCCAGCCCCGACAAAUAUUGUUGAACCAGUACCAUCAUCCUCGCAAUCACAAACCAGUAUUGUUUCAUCAAUGGGGUCACGCGCUGUCCAUGGUAGUGAAAAUAAUUGGAUGUGCUUCGAUUGUAUACAAAAAAAUAUUACUUAUACAAUUGAUAUGGCAAACCUCGAAGCAAAAUUGCAAUUAGAAAAGUUAAAAGUCGAACACUACCGACAACGAGAAGCACAACGAGAAGCGGAAUUAGUUGAAUUAGUCGAAGAUUACGAACGGAAAUUCGACAAAUUAAAAACAAUACUGAUGAAACAAUUUGAACAUGCAACAAAAAGCAACAAAAAUUGA